AUGCGUCUUGCUUUCGUUGCCGCAGGUGCUGUCGUCAUUGGUGCCACCGUAUCUGAAGCACGAUCUAUUCCUCCAAGUCCUCGUUCACCAUCCAAGGUCAUGAAGCGUCAAGCGUAUCAGAAUUCUAACUCAGCUGGUUCUGGGAUGCCUGCAAACCAGGCUCACGAUGGCGCACCCAACGGUAGCGACGGUCAAAUGAUGGGAGAAAACAAUCAAAUGAUGGGAGAGAACGGUCAAAUGAUGGGAGAUGGAAGUUCCUCUACUUACCAGGCCCCUGCGCAACGCGACGCUCAACUUCCUGCAGCUCUUGGUGACAUCGCCUCACAGGGACCCCUCGCCGAGUAUGCCUCCGAAUUACAAGAUCUCGGUCAACGCCUUCAAGCUCUUGCAACACCCGGCGCCAAUGGGAGCCCGGGACUUGCCAAUAGCGUUUUCAAUGGUCUCGCCUCUACCGGUCCAGCUGGUCAAGAUAUCGGUAGUACCUUGAGCAAAUUAGGUAGUCAGCGGAACGUCUUUGGUUCCGGAGGCAUUGUUCCUGGUGCACUUACAACCCUUGGUUCUUACAACAACGGCCCCAUGAUUGGUGCUGUCCAUACUAGCGGUGAAACCGGCCCCCCUGUGACGGGCAACCAAGGCUCGAACGCCAAUCCAGCUCUUCUUUAUGCUCCAGCCGCUAUCCCUCAACCAAUUCGAAAUCUCCUUCCACCCAUCCACAACCCAUUAGGUCCAGGUGAUGUCAACGUUACUACUGUACCAGCCAAAGAGAAAGGUGGAUCUAGCCGUGGAUUUCAAACUGGUUUUGGGGGUGAUAGCUCGAUGAUCACGGCUGGUGCUCACGCUCCGAAUGGCACAAUCAUUCCAACUGCAAAUGUUGGCGGAUCUGAUGCUCUUGGAGGUUCAAUUUCUGCUAACGAAGGGCCUAAGGGCAUCAAUAUCAAUUCGCUCGGUGCAAAUGAUACCAGUCACACCACAUUGAACCCUAUGGCCGAUGCUGCUUCUUACACUGCCAAUCAAUGA